CCUUCUAGGGUUCAGGAAGAUUUGAUUUUUUUUAUAAACCUAAUGAUUUGACAUUUUUGAAAAUUUGUGCUCACAUUAGGUAAAUGCUUAUGGUUUGUAAUGGAAUCUCCUUGAGAAACAUCUCCAUGGAUAUUGAUCUUGAGCAGCCUUCUGGCUUAGAAGAGAAAUUGAAUGCAAAUUUGAACACAAGUGUAAAAGUAAUGACCAGAAUUCCUUCUUUGGAAAGAGUUGCAUGUGGUAAAAGUAUCAUAGGAUCACAGGAUGCUAAUAAUGCCUACUCCAACGAGCAGAUGAGAAAUCUUGAGCCACAGAUUGGUAUGGAAUUUGAAACUAAGGAAGCAGCGUAUUGUUUCUACAGAGAAUAUGCAAGGUCUUUUGGAUUUGGCAUUACGAUCAAAGCGAGUAGGCGGUCCAAGAAAUCGGGAAAAUUCAUUGAUGUAAAGGUAGCAUGUUCUAGAUUUGGUAGUAAAAGGGAGUCAAAUACGUCUGUUAAUCCGCGUUCAUGCCCUAAAACUGGUUGCAAGGCAAGUAUGCAAAUGAAGAGAAGACAGGAUGGGAAAUGGUUUAUAUAUGGUUACACAAACGAGCAUAACCACGAGAUUUGUCCAGACGACUUCCAAUUUAAUGUCAAGGGGAGAAACAAGCCCGACCUAAAACUUUCUCAAAAGAAGGGACUUCAGUUGGCUUUGGAUGAGGAAGAUGUUCAAAUUUUAUUAGAUUAUUUUGUGUCUAUGCAAGCCGAGAACCCUAAUUUCUUUUAUGCAGUAGAUCUGGACGGGGAAAGUCGUAUGGAAAAUGUACUCUGGAUUGAUGCUAAAACUAGACACGAUUAUAAGUAUUUUUCUGACGUGGUCUUUUUCGACACGACCUAUGUUAAAGAUAGAAGAUACAAAGUCCCAAUAAUUCCCAUCUUUGGAGUGAAUCACCAUCUCCAUUUGAUGCUGUUAGGAUGUGCACUGGUUGGUGAAGAGACGACUUCAACUUUCGUCUGGCUCAUGAGAACAUGGCUUAGAGCAGUUGGGGGUCAAACCCCGAGUGUGGUUCUUACUGAUGAAGGGAAAUUAUUAGAAGAUGCUGUUGUGGAGGUGUUUCCUAAGGCACGACACUGUUUUUGUUUGUGGCAUGUCCUAGAAAAGGUUUCCAACAAUUCCGAAAAUUUCCUGAUGGAAUUUACAGAAUGCAUAAAUGAAUCCUGGUCGGAAAAUGAAUUUGAAAUUAGUUGGUUUAACAUGGUCCACAAAUUCGGGCUGCAGGAUAAUACUUGGUUCGAGUCGAUUUAUGGAAAUCGCAGAAAGUGGGUUCCUGCCUACAUGAAUGAAGUGUUUUUUGGAGGGAUAAGUACGGCAGACCAAACCGAGAGUGUAACUUCUAUCUUUACUGGAUACAUUCACAAAGAGUCAACAUUCAAGGAGUUCAUUGAACAGUAUAAACUUCUUCUAGACACAAUAUACAAGGAAGAAAACGAAGCUGAUUCCACAUCAUCUCUAAAAUCUGUUUCGCCACUUGAGAAACAAAUGUCAACCCUUUAUACACAUACAGUAUUCAAGAAAUUCCAAGAGGAGGUUUUGGGAAUAGAUGCGUGUAGUGUGCAUAAAGAAUGCGAAGAUGACGAGACAAGUGUAACCUUUCGUGUCAAUGAUUUCGAAAAGAGGCGGAAUUUUAUUGUUUCAUGGAAUGAUACAGAGUCACGUAUUUUUUGUUUAUGUCGCACUUUUCAAUAUAAAGGAUUUCUUUGUAGACAUUCUAUUGCGGUACUCCAGAUGUUGAACAUCUCCAGUGUUCCAUUGAGAUACAUACUGAAGCGGUGGACUAGAGGUGCAAAGAAUGGGCAAACCAUGUCAAAGACAAUUCAGAGUAGUAGUAGGGUACAACGAUUUAAUGAUCUUUGUAAACGAGCUGUCAAAUUGGGAGAAGAAGGGUCAUUAUCUGAGGAAUCAUUUGAUAUCAUCCUUAAUAUCCUAGAUGAAGCUACAGAGCGGUGUGUGGUUAUGAACCGUUCUGUAAGGAGUAGUUUAGAUCCUAUACCAUUGCCCACUCGGUGUUCCCCAAACGAUGAAGGAAAUAGUACAGGCAAGAGUUUGACCAAAAAAAACAAAAGGAGAGUGCGGAAGAAGCAGCAGGAACAUUUGAACUCAGAAGCUACCUGUCUUGAUCACGUGUAUGUUCCCCAGAUGGUUCAAGGAACGGAGAUCGGUUCCAGAAUAUCAGCUCCUGAUGUCUAUUAUGAUGCUCAACAACUUUUACAUGAAGCGGGACAACUCAACUUCAUGUCUUCUGCUUGCGAUGGGGUUUAUAGAAAUCAACAGGACAUUUUACCCCUGGUAUGUUCUAAACCCAUGUCUAUAUAG